GACAGCUGCUCUCAAUCCUAGGAGAGCUUUUCUAAGAGACAGAAAGUCGAAGACAGGCUUUCUUUUCAGUGUUAGCCCUUUCAUUUCAGAUCAGAGUUCCAUAACAUUUGGCUCAUUUGAGGAUUUUAUCCCGUUACUUCUCUCUUUCUUUGUUGGAACUUCAUACUGGAUGUUGGGCAGAACCGACAAGGAAGCUGGGAAGUGAGGUAGAAGGAUUUAUCCCUAGUGGAGAUUUCACUGAGAGAUUUUUCACCACACUGUCUCACUGUGCUUUGAGUCACCCACAUUCCAUGGUUUAUAUAAGAGUGGUAUUUUGUCUGAGGAGCUUGUCAAAGCCAGCUGAUCUCAGCAAAUGUAAAGGCAGCUGUCGCUUAUUUAGAAAACAACACAUAAUAUCAUUUUUUAGACUAAUUUAUUUUUAUGCAGACCUACACUCUUCUACUGGUUCAGAAAAGGAGUUUUUAUGCCUGUCUUUAUUAGCAGUAUGGGUCAGGACCAAACAAAGCAACAAAUUGAAGGACUCCACCUUUACCAGUCCAAUCAGACAGACAAGGCUCUUGCAAUCUGGACAAAAAUUUUGGAAACAGCUGACCCCGUGGGCAAAUUCCGUGUUCUUGGGUGUCUCAUAACAGCACACUCUGAGAUGGGAAAGUACAAAGAAAUGAUGAAGUUUGCAGUGAAGCAGAUUGACACAGCUCGUGAGAUGCAGGAUCCAGACUAUCUGACAGAGAGCUAUUUAAACCUGGCACGUAGUAAUGAGAAGCUUUGUGAAUUCCAGAAGACUGUCUCCUACUGCAAAACCUGCCUAAACAUGCAGGGAGCUACAAUCAGUUUACAGCUGAAUGGACAGGUCUGUCUUAGCAUGGGCAAUGCUUACCUGGGCCUCAGCGUCUUUCAGAAAGCUCUAGAGUGCUUUGAGAAGGCACUCCGCUACUCACACAACAAUGAUGACAAAAUGUUGGAGUGCCGCGUGUGCUGCAGCUUAGGUUCCUUCUACAUACAACUAAAGGAUUAUGAGAAAGCACUGUUUUUUCCAUGUAAAGCAGCGGAGCUGGUCACGGAUUAUGGAAAAGGAUGGAGUCUGAAAUACAGAGCCAUGAGUCAGUAUCACAUGGCGGUAGCCUAUCGGAAGUUAAAUCGGUUGUUUGAUGCAAUGGAGUGCUGUGAGGAAUCAAUGAAGAUUGCCUUACAGCAUGGCGAUAGACCACUCCAAGCACUCUGCCUUCUCUGUUUUGCUGAUAUCCACAGGAGCAGAAAGGACACAGAGAAAGCAUUGCCUCGCUAUGACUCUUCAAUCAGUAUAAUGACAGAGAUUGGAAACCGCCUUGGGCAUGCCCAGGCACUCAUUGGGGUUGCUAAGUGCUGGCUGGAGAAAAAGGAAAUGGAUACGGCAAUAGACAACAUUCAAAAAGCACAAGAGAUUGCAGAGGCUGUUGGAAGUAAGCUGUGCAUGCUGAAGAUCCACUGCUUGUAUGAGGGGAUAUACCGUGCCAAAGAACAGCAGCAAGAGUUACGAGAGCAUGUGGUCAAGUUUCACGAGUGUGUUGAGGAGAUGGAACUGUACUGCGGGAUGUGUGGUGAAUCCAUUGGCGACAAAAAUAACCAGCUACAAGCAUUGCCUUGCUCACAUGUCUUCCAUCUUAAAUGUUUGCAGACUAAUGGUACCAGAGGCUGUCCAAACUGUCGACGAUCAUCAGUCAAGCCAGGGUUCGUGUGAGCAGUGGAGAUUAUGCCUUUCUGGUUUACAAGUUCUCUUUCCAUUGAAGGAUUCUAUGAGUUCUGGUGGUAGAAAAUGUGGAUGAAUUGUGAACACACAUUCUUGGAUAUUAGUACUGGUGCUUUGGGGAAAGAGGUGCUAUUUGGAAAGGAAAUAUAUCCCCACUGGGAGAUGACAUUUGCAAAAAAUGCUGCUGAUGGCAAAAGGCUGCCCACAUUUUCCUCCUCCUUCAUAUUACAUGCAUUUAAAAUGAAAGGUUCGAGUCCCAUCUGAGGACAAACCAAGGCAAGAAUGCCACUUCCAUAAAACACAAAUGUGAGACCUGCACCACAGACAGAAUAAAUAUUGGUAGUUUCACACAAUGUUUAGGCAACAUAUCUCUAGGUUACAAAUACUAACAAUAUUUUGGGAAAAUUUAAGCAAGCAAAGAUUCUAGAGUGAAAUGAUGUAAAACGUCAGGUAAGCACCACUCUUCUGAUGUAGCUGUAAUGAGAAGACAUUCCCAAAAUGCAUAGCAUAACUACAUAUGUCUGGUGUCUUUGGACGUAUGGAUAAAGUAACUGAGCACUCAUCUUCAGAACCCCACAUAAUUCAUGCCUUCCAACCAUCAAAUUUACUGUGACUGAUUUUUUUAAUCAUGCUUUAUGUUCUAUUUUUUUUCUCUGUACAAAAUGAAAAUUGAGUUUGUGUAUGUUUUGUUUAGCUUGUGUCACUUAUGACCAGGCCAAUUUGUAUGUUUAUCAGGGAACCCUGAAUGGAGUCUUCUACAGCACUGUAUAAUUCAUGUGCUGUUUCUGAACAAGGAACAUAAUCGGUGGGAUGUUUCUUCCAAUCACCUUAAGCUGCAGUUAGAUGUUAUUAGUCAUUCAGUUCUAUAUUGCUUGUCUCAAGCCAGGAGUUUUGUACACCAAACACUGUAAUACACAAUAGGUUUUAAAAAUACAUAAGUGGGAACAUGUUUUGGAAUUACUGUCUCUGCCUUAAAUUUAUUAUAGUUUUUACAUUUUUUCAGAAAAUAUUUAUUUGCAGUGUAAACACUGACUAAAUACUGCUGUUGAUAAAAAGUAAAAUCUAAAGUUGUCUAUCAAAGUAUUUUAGGCUUGACUAAAGUAAGAGCUUCAUUAAACUGACAAGUUAUUCUUAACAUGUGGUUGUAUAAAUAAACGUUUUUAAUGCAACUAUCAUAUGAUUACUAAAUUCUGCAUUUGGUGCAAGAAUGGAGACACAAUUAAACAUAUUUUGGAAUCAGAAAUAAAUGUGAAAACUAUUCAGUCAUAAUGUUACUUUAUUACAGUAAACAAUGG